AUGUCUCUCACUGGCAAAACUGCUCUCAUAACCGGUGGCGUCAAAAACCUCGGCGCCCAAACCGCCCGCGACCUCGCCAGCGUCGGCGCAAACCUCGCGCUCCACUACCACUCCUCCAGCAGCAAAGCCGACGCCUCAACCCUCGAAGCCGAGCUGAAGGGGAAGUAUCCUUCCAUCAAAGUCAGCUUCUACCAGGGUAACCUCACUACCGCCGGUGCCGUGACCAAGCUCUUCCAAGAUGUCCUCCAGGACUUCGGACACAUCGACAUCGUAGUGAAUACCGUGGGCAAGGUGCUCAAGAAACCGAUCACGGAGAUCACGGAGGAGGAGUAUGAUUCGAUGUUUGCGAUCAAUUCCAAGACAGCAUUCUUCGUACUCAAGGAGGCCGCCGCGCAUGUUACGGAUGGCGGGAAGAUCAUCACGAUUGUCACGGCCCUUCUGGGGGCUUUUACGGGAUACUAUACUUCUUAUGCGGGGAGUAAGGCUCCCGUGGAGCAUUUUACGCGAGGCGUCUGCAAAGAACUCCAAUCUCGCCGCGUCAGCGUCAACAAUAUCGCUCCCGGUCCAAUGGAUACCCCCUUCUUCUACCCCCAGGAAUCCCCAGAGGCGGUCGAGUUCCAUAAGGCGAAUGGCAUGGGUAACCGUCUGACUAUGAUCGAGGAUAUUGCGCCGAUUGUUCGGUUCCUGUGCACGGAUGGCGCGUGGAUCACAGGUCAGACGAUCUUUGCUAAUGGUGGAUAUACUACUCGCUAA